GAUAACGACACUGAUCGUGAUCGUGACCGUGAUCGUCGUCGCCGCUCAAGAUCUCGUUCCAGAUCUCCCCGUCGUAGUUCUCGCCGAUCUCCUUCACGCUCUCCACGUCGAAGCUCUCGCCGUUCUCGCUCAAGGUCCAAGACCCCACCUCCUAAUGGCAAAGAUCAUAGCUCUCGCUCUCCUUCGCCUCGCCGCGGACGUGAGGAUUCCCGCAGUCCUAAAAGAAGCCGAUCCAGAAGUGGUGAACGAGAGCGUGCCCACGAUGAUGACAAGUAA